CAGAUGUUGGCUUCUGUCAAAAUAUGUGCCUGCCGCACGCGAUUUGUACCGCAAGAAAAUAGUGCAAUAGAAAUUGGACAGAAUGUUAAGUUUUCUGAAUAAAAGGUGUGCACUAUUAUUGCCGGGAAUUCGAAAUUUCACUAUUGGCAGUUCGCUUAAGACAGCGGAAGAAAUCCAAAGUAACGCACCAAGUUUAAUAUUGCCGCUUGACUUUGAGAGAUAUUCACCCAGCAAUCUGAAUGCUUGUCGACAGGCAUGGAUCGAAAACACAGAUACUGUUGAGGAACGUAAGCUGGGACUGAUUGAGCUGCAUCCUGAUAUUUUUGCAGCACAACCGCGUAUUGAUGUAAUACAAGAAAACAUUGAAUGGCAACAGAAAUAUCGUUAUGUAAGUUUUGCACAUACCAAAUCUCGCGCCGAAGUGAAAGGCGGUGGACGUAAGCCCUGGCCACAGAAAGGUUUGGGUCGUGCACGACAUGGUUCUAUACGGUCACCACUCUUCAAAGGUGGUGGCGUAGCGCACGGUCCACGCUCACCAAAAACACAUUUUUAUAUGUUGGAUUUUUACAAGCGCGUCAUGGGCCUAACGUCAACGUUAAGCGUGAAAUUGGCGCAGGAUGAUUUGCAUAUAAUAAAAGAUGCUAACAUACCUAAUGGCGAUCCGCAAUUCAUUAAGGAUUUAAUUAAAGAACGCAAUUGGGGACCUUCUGUGCUAAUAGUUGAUAAAAGCGAUAUAUUUCCCGAAAACAUUUGCUAUGCCACCGACGAAAUUGGUUACGUUAAUCUUAUGCCAGCAUAUGGACUAAAUACAUAUUCCAUGCUUAAGCACAACACCUUAGUUCUGACCGUGGAUGCUGUGAAGCAUAUUGAAGAACGCAUUUUAUACAAUCUAAAUCGGGCGGACGCGGCGAGCAAAAACGGAAAAUUCAAAUUAAAUCAAGUUUAGUUUAUCUUUAAAUUUUAAAAAUUAAUUAUUAAUUUUGAUUUUUAAAUUUUAAGAAUUCGUAUGUUUUAAUUCUAUCUUGUGUGGUAUCUAUACAAAGUGUUUAUUAUAGUAUAAUACAUUUUACUUAACACGAGUGUUUAUUAGAAUAAGAAAGUAGUAAAUA